GCCACCAAGCUCGAGCGCUUCCCUGUCCUUCCCUCUGCGGCCGAAAGGCCGCCCAUUGCCGGACUCCUAUAGCGAGGGGCUUGCCUGUGGCUUCCAGCCUCGCGAUUUGCUUCAAAGUCCUCGUUUGAAUCCGAAGCGCCUUCCCUCCCCCGUCGGCUUCCUCCUCCUCCUCCUCCUCCUCCUCCUCGCGCUCGGCAUCGCGAAGGAUAAAUAUGCAGGGCUUGUAAUUCGCUUGCAGUUCUCGCUCCCGGCUGGCAGGGUGACGCGGAGUUUGGAGAGGCUGGCAGAUUGGCUGUGUUGACUUGGUUCCUUCCCUCGCUGCAGUUGUGCCCAAGGCGAGCUGUGCCCACCUCUCGUCCACAAGCCGAGCGGGCGGGCGCUGAGCUUCCCCGGUUGGUGCUGAGAUGCUGGGAAACCUCUGAAACUGGGGGUGGUGUGAGAGGGGAAGGGAAAAGCCCAGCCGAUCCUUUGGAUUGCAAGUCGUCACUUCCCUCUCUUGCCUUCCUCCCCCACCACCCCACGCUCUGCUUCUUCAUCCUCCUCCUCCUCUUCCUCCGGCUCCUUGCUCGCAGCCCCCUCCCUUCCCAAUUCCUCAGUACACGGCCGAAAGCUAAGCAGUUCCCUACGUUCUCCCGACUCGUAGCGGCCAAAGGCAAGGCAACUUCGACAUGUCAAGGAGAUUCCCCCGCCUCCCCACCCCGCAGAUUCUGGCAACAAUAUACCACGAGAUGCAAUGAGACCGCGCUAAAAACCGGGAAGCUUCUGUAACUGGGGAGUUAAGAAGGAACGCCCCCCCCCGCCCCGAAGAAAGAUUCUUAACCUGAACAGAAGACCAUUACACCUGUGCUGUGGAUGUUAAGCUUUAUGUAUGGCGCGGUUAAAGUUACAACCUGUCACUUCAGCCUUCCUCCGGUUUGGGCUUUUUACUUUUAUCCUGUUUUUAAAUGGUCUACAAGUAGAUGCUGGCACGGGGACAGAUUCACCAAGCAUAGGACAUAACACCACAUGCUCAGGUUCUUCUGAGUGCAAAGAGGGUGUUAUCUUGCCAAUAUGGUAUCCAGAAAACCCAUCUUUGGGGGACAAAAUUGCCAGAGUUAUUGUUUAUUUUGUGGCACUCAUAUAUAUGUUUCUUGGAGUUUCUAUCAUUGCCGACCGUUUCAUGGCCUCUAUAGAGGUCAUUACAUCACAGGAAAAAGAGAUUACGGUUAGGAAACCCAAUGGAGAAGCCAUCACCACCACCAUCCGAAUAUGGAAUGAAACUGUUUCCAAUUUGACCCUCAUGGCUCUUGGUUCCUCUGCCCCUGAGAUCCUUUUGUCAUUGAUAGAGGUAUGUGGUCAUGGAUUCAUUGCUGGUGAGCUGGGCCCUUCUACCAUUGUUGGGAGUGCAGCUUUCAAUAUGUUUAUCAUCAUAGCCAUCUGUGUCUAUGUCAUUCCUGAUGGGGAGACGAGGAAGAUAAAACAUUUGAGAGUUUUCUUUGUCACAGCUGCAUGGAGCAUCUUUGCCUAUAUCUGGUUAUACAUGAUCCUUGCGGUCUUCUCUCCAGGUGUGGUUCAGGUAUGGGAAGGCUUGCUCACUCUGUUUUUCUUCCCUGUUUGUGUCAUCCUGGCUUGGAUUGCGGACAGAAGGCUGUUUCUCUAUAAAUAUAUGCACAAAAAGUACCGUACUGACAAACACAGGGGUAUUAUCAUUGAAACAGAAGGGGAUCAUCCCAAAGGGAUUGAAAUGGAUGGUAAGAUGAUGAACUCCCAUUUUUUAGAUGGAAACCUAGUGCCUAUGGAGGGGAAAGAGGUGGAUGAGUCUCGCAAAGAGAUGAUCCGGAUCCUCAAGGACCUGAAACAAAAGCACCCAGAAAAAGACUUAGAUCAGCUGGUAGAAAUGGCCAACUACUAUGCUUUAUCCCACCAGCAAAAAAGCAGAGCAUUCUAUCGGAUUCAGGCUACCAGGAUGAUGACUGGAGCAGGAAAUAUUCUCAAAAAGCAUGUAGCUGAGCAAGCCAAGAGGAGUACUAGCUUGCAUGAAGUACGGCCAGAGGAGCCAGAAGAAUUCAUCUCCAAAAUUUAUUUUGAUCCUUGUUCCUAUCAAUGUCUUGAGAACUGUGGUGCUGUCCUCCUAACUGUUGUCCGGAAAGGAGGUGAUGUUUCCAAGACCAUAUAUGUGGAUUACAAAACAGAAGAUGGCUCUGCUAAUGCUGGGGCUGACUAUGAAUUUACAGAGGGGACAGUUGUUUUGAAGUCUGGGGAGACCCAGAAAGAGUUCUCUAUAGGGAUCAUUGAUGAUGAUAUCUUUGAAGAGGAUGAACACUUUUUUGUGCGUCUUAGCAACCUACGGGUGAUUGAUGCAGAGGAACCUCCUGAAAUCAACAAACUGCCAUAUCCCAAGGCCAUACUGAUCUCACCUUGUGUGGCUACUGUGACUAUCUUAGAUGACGACCAUGCGGGCAUCUUCACCUUCGAGUGUGAUGUGAUACAUAUCAGUGAGAGCAUUGGGGUGAUAGAAGUGAAAGUUCUUAGAACAUCCGGUGCCCGGGGUACAGUCAUAGUCCCCUUUAGAACAGUUGAAGGAACAGCAAAAGGAGGAGGAGAGGAUUUUGAAGACAGUUAUGGAGAACUGGAAUUCAAGAAUGAUGAAACUGUCAAAACUAUUCACAUCAAGGUAAUUGAUGAUGAGGAGUAUGAAAAAAACAAGACUUUCUUCAUUGAGCUGAUGGGUCCUCGAAUGAUGGAUAUGAGUUUACAGAAAGCACUCCUCUUGACUCAAGAAGUGGCAGAAAGAAAGCUGACCAUGGAAGAAGAGGAAGCCAAACGUAUUGCAGAAAUGGGAAAGCCAAUCCUGGGUGAACAUCCAAAAUUAGAGGUUAUAAUUGAAGAGUCCUACGAGUUCAAGAGUACAGUGGACAAGCUCAUCAAGAAGACAAACUUGGCGUUGGUUGUAGGAACUCAUUCAUGGAGAGACCAGUUCAUAGAAGCCAUUACUGUCAGUGCAGCAGGUGAAGAUGAUGAGGAUGAGUCUGGCGAGGAGCGCCUGCCCUCCUGCUUUGAUUAUGUCAUGCAUUUCCUGACCGUCUUCUGGAAAGUGCUCUUUGCCUGUGUGCCCCCGACAGAGUACUGCAAUGGCUGGGCCUGCUUCAUUGUGUCCAUCUUGAUCAUUGGCAUGCUCACUGCCAUCAUUGGAGAUCUGGCCUCUCACUUUGGCUGCACAAUUGGCCUCAAGGAUUCUGUGACCGCCGUGGUCUUCGUGGCCUUUGGCACUUCGGUCCCAGACACUUUUGCUAGCAAAGCGGCCGCUGUUCAAGACAUUCAUGCAGAUGCUUCCAUUGGCAAUGUCACAGGCAGCAAUGCAGUCAACGUCUUCUUGGGCAUUGGACUGGCCUGGUCAGUAGCUGCCAUCUACUGGGCUUAUCAAGGAGAGGAGUUCCAUGUAUCAGCCGGCACUCUUGCCUUCUCUGUGACACUGUUCACCAUUUUUGCUUUUGUCUGCAUCAGUGUGCUGUUGUACCGAAGACGGCCUCAUUUUGGAGGAGAACUAGGAGGCCCCAAAGGGUGCAGACUUGCCACAACUUUGCUUUUUGUGAGUCUGUGGCUAUUGUACAUUUUAUUUGCUACCCUGGAGGCCUAUUGCUACAUCAAAGGGUUCUAAGUCACGGAGAGAUUUCAAGCCAAAAGGGAGGCCUUCUCCUCCUUUGAUACCUCAUUGAACACCAGAGAGUUGUCUGACCAGGAGUGGCCGCUCCCUAUCAAUUUUCCAGAACUGCCCAGGUUAAAGGAUGACUGGGCUUCAAGAAGGGCAAAAUUAUCAUUAUAAAAAGUAAAGACAGAUAUUAAAAUAAAGCCAACAACAUCAGUCACUCAGUCAAAUCAGAAAUAUCAGCAGUUCUUAAACUUACCCAUUUCUAGAACUCUGCUGUAAGACUCCAUGAUGUUCGUUCCUCCACUUUACGAAAUAUCAUGUAUUCAGAUGACGAUCUUAUAAAGCAUUGGGGUGGGUUGUGUUUUUUUUUAAUUUGGGAAGGGUGAAUCUUACCUGAUCUAUUUUCUUUUUUUUAAUACAAAAAAGGGGGGGCUGGAAAAAAAAUACAGAUUCAACCUUCAUAUCACAUUAGAGCUGGAGUUGAAAAUGCUCUAUAUUUUUUAUUCUAUAUGAACAUUUAAUUAUCAUUUUUCACUUUGUUUUAGAGUUAUAGUGCUAUUGUAUUUUAAGUGCAAACAUAACUCAUAUAGACAUGACACCUACACGUACGGACACACAGAUGAAAACUACAGUUGAAAACUGGAGCAUGUAGCAAGUAAUACACCUCCCUGGGCUACCAAAAAAAGAACAACAAGCUGUAAAGAUAUUACAUGUAAUGUGUAUAUUUUGAAUAUGGCAAAUCUCUUUGUGUAAUUAACAUAAAGCUUUUAGCACUGCAGAAUUAAAUAUAUAUAAAUAUAUAUAGUUAUUUAUACACAGCAAAUAAAUCAAUGCAAACUGCAGUGUGAAAAAUACAAGCAAAAGAAAACCAGCACAAGUUUAUUACUAUUGUCAUCAUUAUCAUCAUCAUCAUCAAUUUGUUCCAUAUGUGGAAAAAAAGAACAUUCUUUUUAAGUAGAGAAUAAUUUAUGUAAAUAUAGUUCUCACACUUUUUGAGUGUUAAAAUAUCAGUCAAAAUCCUUCAAGAAUUAUAUUGUUUUGCUUUGACUUUGCUCUUAAAAACACUAAAGAAAGUUUUUUAAAAAAUUAUGGCAAUUUCUCUAUAAUCGUUGUCAGACCAGAUAAUGGCAUCCCUGUUUAACAAAAGUUGUUUUUAAAAAAAUCCGCAUUUAAAUCUAAUACUAAACCAUAGUUUGAUGUUAACUUGAGCCUUGUUGGCGCAGUGGUUAGAAUGCAGUAUUGCAGGCUAAUUCUGCUGACUGCCAGGAGUUCGAUCUUGACUGGCUCAAGGUUGACUCAGCCUUCCAUCUUUCCGAGGUCGGUAAAAUGAAGAGCCUAUUUUAAGGGGGCAAUAUGCUGACUCUAAACCACCCAAGAGAGUGCCGUAAAGCACUAUAAGCUAUAAGUGCUAAUGCUAUUACUAAAUCUCCUGUUCAUGUAUAAAGAGCACAUCCCUCGCUUUUCUUUCUCCAAUGUGAUUACAAAUAGGAGAUUGGAAAACUUCUAGUAUCAGUUAAUUAAUGUUCAUCAUAAUGGGGCAAAUCAAAAUUUAGUGGAACUAUGACUGUCCAAAUAAGUUAACUCAAAUGUGAUUUGCAGUUAUGGCUCAUUCAGGUGACAAGAAUAGAGAAGGAUGAUAGGCAUAACAUAAUUAUAUUGCAAUAUACAUGGAGUGAAGAUGCCUGAUUGUGAUUGCCCAUUAUCCACGUUAGCCAACAAUGAAAGUAAAUGAUGAAACAUCCCAUUGCUUGGUGUUCCAGUGAGAUAACUUGUGAAGCCCUUUCAAGAUAGAGGACAAUCUUUCAGAUGACUAUAGAGUCACUGCAUUUUCCUGUAAAAAUGAUCAUCAAUUUUGAGGAUUUGCAGAGGGAUCUCCAAUUUUUCCUAAAGAAAACACCGAUGAUAAUUUUCCAGAUAACAUGAUGCAUCUAUUUUACUUGCAAUGCAAGUGACUUCUUGUUUCUUUUAUGUUCCUGCUUCUUGGCCUCCACAAGACUGAAAUGUUAUGAUUGUAAUUGCUACCAUUAAUCAUAUAUACAACUUUCUGGGAAAGAAGCACCUUUUGAUUUUUUCCCCCAAGUGUGUGUAUGUGUGUGUGUGUGUGUGUUUCAAUAACUGCAGAGUUAAAUAUAGGGUUGAUACUAAAUAUGAUAUUUGUCUCACAAACACAUUUCUUAAGCAUAAGCAGCAAGUGGGGAGCUAGAUUUUUUUAUUAUUUAAGAAAAAGAGUUCUUUUUCAUCCAGAAAUAAAGAGUUGUAUAAAGGAACUUUUUUUCUCUCAGAUUUUGAACUCAUUGGCAAGUGAACAAGAAAAGUGAAGUUUCUGUAUUUUGUAUCUUUUUUUAUAAGUUUUUUAAAGAGUAGAAAAGAAGCUUAUGAGCAUUCAAGACUGAUUCUAUAUAGGAGCAAUUACCCAAAGAAUACAUUCCUAAGCAUGGAAAUAGAUGCAAAGUAAUUUCAAAGAGUUAUGACACUGAAUUAAAAAAAGGAGUAUUUCAAUUUUAAAACCAGAGUUUUUAUGCCAACCAUACUCGGUUUUUAUUGCCUUAUUCUAUAUAAAAAAGGAAUCCCUGGAUUUUACAUCACUAAACAUUGCCGACUGUACGGGGUGGCACUCAUCUCCAUUUCAAGGGCCAUUGAGUCAGCACUGUCCAAAGAUAUUUCCGCAGUCAUAUGGCCAGCAUGGUGUCACAGUGGGCUGUUAUCUUCCCAUCAAAGUGUUACCUAUUUUGUCUACUUGCAUUUCCCUGCUUGUGAACGGCUAGGUUGGCAGGAUCCAAUCAAUCAGAAUAGUGCUGGAAGGACUCUGGAGGUCUUCUAUCCAAACCCCUACUCAAACAGGAGACCCUAGACCAGUAUUUCCCA